AUGCCCAAGCAAACUGGAAACCCAACAAAGCUCCUCCGCGGCUUUGUUGCUAUCCCCAUUUGCGAUGGAGUAACUCAGACUCGCAAAAUCUACCUUACUCGGAAGGAUAUCAGCUAUUGGGACGUUAUGACACAAACAUGGGUUACCCCGAAUGGAACAAUUUUCCGUUCACGUUGUCCCGAUGGCCAUUUUGGACAGAAAUCGAGCCGGCGGGAGAUAUGCGCAACAUACUAUAAAUAG